AUGAUCAUUACAACAUGGAUUGUGUAUAUACUCGCCCGGAAAGGUGCAGGGCUCCCCUUUCCACCAAAGACCAGCUCGGACAUUGAAGUUGUGGAAAGUGAGGCUGUAUCUGUGGUACAACAUUGGUUGAAAAAAACAGAAGACGAGGCUUCUAAGGACAUAAAGGAGAAGAUGUCCACCAACUUGGCUCCCACCCGUGGCCAAGAUGUGCAUGUGACCAGAGACGUGGUGAAGCACCACCUCUCGAAGUCUGAUUUGUCAGCCAAUCAGAGUCAAGAGGUUCUAGAGGAGAGAACAAGAAUCCAGUUCAUUCGGUGGAGCCAUACCCGAAUCUUCCAAGUUCCAAGUCAGAUGGCGAAUGACGUCAUGCAAGAACGGAUCGAGCAGGUGAGGCGCAGCAUCUCCCAUCUUACCUGUGACUCAGCUCAGGACCCCAGCUUCAGAUCUUCUUAUUCGGAAUGCUAA